GCUGCAUGUGAAUUUUAACUGACAAAACCACUCGUGUGAUGUCGGCGCCAAUUUCCUCUCUUCUCCCCUUAACCUUUUCUCUGUUCUCUUCCAUCUUCUCCCCCCGUGACUUAAUAGUUGAGUUGAGAUACCACAUCCACAUCCAAUUAAGAAACCCACGUUCCAAGGACGGUUCGCUUGUUCGCCACUCUUAAAUUAAAUUCGUUUCCUAGAUAGCACAUAGCAGCAGCUGCUCUAGUAUGCUACUACUACUAUAAAACAUCCUCCCUCGAUCGGGGGAUUAACUUUUUAAUUCCCCAGAAAAAAGACUCCCAACAAUGAAGUUGUCAUCUUCACCGUAUUGCCGCCAAUCCCUCUGCCCAAUAUUGGCAGCUCUUUCUUUUCUUGGGCUAUUGCCGGUCUACAAAGCGAGCUACCAUGAGUACGGAGAGGCAUUGUCGAAAUGCAUACUGUUUUUCGAGGGACAGCGUUCCGGGUUCUUACCUCAGGACCAGAGGAUGAGUUGGAGGGGACAUUCGGGGCUGGGUGAUGGGUGGAUGGUAAAAACCGACUUGACCGGGGGCUACUACGACGCCGGUGACAACGUCAAGUUUGGUUUUCCCAUGGCUUUCACCACCACAAUGCUGGCCUGGAGCGUCGUUGAAUUCGGCGGCUACAUGCCUCCCGCUGAAUUAAGGAACGCUCUGGUCGCCAUUAAGUGGUCCACCGACUAUCUUCUCAAGACUGUUUCUCAACCCAAUCGUAUUUUCGUGCAGGUCGGGGACCCAAUUUUGGACCACAAUUGCUGGGAAAGACCAGAAGAUAUGGACACUGCUAGGACUGUCUACACAGUUGAUGCUCCAAAUCCGGCCUCUGAUGUAGCCGCCGAGACAGCGGCUGCUCUGGCUGCCUCAUCCAUUGCAUUUAGGUCGUCAGAUUCCGGUUAUGCUGACAAACUUUUGGGCACUGCCACUAGGGUAUUUGAUUUUGCAGACACGUACCGAGGGGCUUACAGCGAUAACGCAAAUAUUCGGGAUGGAGUCUGCCCAUUUUACUGUGAUUUUGAUGGAUAUCAGGACGAAUUGUUAUGGGGAGCGGCCUGGUUAAGGAGGGCAUCUCAAGGUGAUUCUUACCUCAGUUACAUUCAAAACAAUGGCAAAACACUUGGUGCUGAUGACAACAUCAACGAGUUUGGAUGGGACAAUAAGCAUGCUGGCCUAAAUGUUCUUGUUUCUAAGGAGGUAUUGGAGGGGAGCACGUACAGUCUUCAAUCUUAUAAAGCAUCAGCAGAUAGUUUCAUGUGCACACUCAUCCCGGAAUCUUCAUACUCCCACAUUGAGUACACUCCCGGAGGCCUUAUAUACAAGCCUGGCGGGAGCAACUUGCAGCACGCCACUACAAUCGCUUUCCUCUUGCUGGUUUACGCCAAUUAUCUGGAAAAAUCAUCCCAGACUGUAAAUUGUGGAAGCGUCAGCGCAAGUCCAGCCAUGCUCCGCGCAAUCGCCAAGAGGCAGGUGGACUACAUCUUAGGCGAUAAUCCUAAAGGAAUGUCAUACAUGGUUGGUUACAGUUAUGUUUUUCCGCAACGCAUACACCAUCGUGGCUCCUCACUUCCUUCCGUCAAGGAUCAUCCCCAGUUCAUCGCUUGUACAGAGGGUUCCAUUUAUUUUAACUCCUCCAGCCCCAACCCCAACGUAUUAGUCGGGGCAGUGGUGGGUGGUCCUGGGGAAGAUGAUGCCUACGAAGACGAUCGAGUCGCAUUUCGGCAAUCGGAGCCAACGACUUACAUCAAUGCCCCAUUUGUAGGUGCACUUGCAUAUUUUGUUGCAAACCCCAGUUAGCAUUAGUAGAACGAAGUUGAUUACCAUGAUUUGUACAUAGUCCAUUUAAAUCAGGGAAAAGAUGGUCUCUCAUCUUGUGCCAAGCAAAAAGAGGGAAGAGGCCACGGGUGAGUUUUUCCACUUCUUUAGAUUGGUAAUCAUGAUUACUUACCGUGUCAUCAUGGACUGACGGUUGCUGAGAUUCGAAUUGUAACAU